GCGCGCACGGACAGCGAGUCUUCCUCAAACAGCCAGAAGGAGAUGCUCCCCAAACCCAUCACCAUUGUGACCAGCGAGUCCUCCUCCACCUGCUUCAUUCGCACCCCUCUUUCUGAAGAGUUCCCCUUCAGUUCAACACAAGGGGCAACCUCAGCUGGACCAGUGCAAGCCGAGCCCUUGCAGCAGCUGACUCUCCCAGAGGAGGAGGAGCUGGAGAGCAUCACCCCUUGCCCUUGGGUCACCAAAGGCUACGAGGACUACCGGCGGGCUGUGGUUCAGAAGCACCAGCCAGACCCGGACAAGAUCGACCUGUGCGUACACUUUGAGAAGGGAGGCAGGGGCAGCCAAUCCCCCAGGGAGAAGGAGUACAGCUUCCCCCCUGGAGCCGAAGGGCGGCUCAAGGACCCCAAGGCCUCACCCUCCUGCCGGAUCCAUGGGGCCUCCUCCCCCAUGAAACAUAAGCCGCUGAAGGAGCAGCAGCAGUCACCGCAACCGCCCUCUGGAGUUAUCAUGGGCGUGGAAGAGGACAUGGUGCCCUCGCGGUGCGUCUACUGCCGGGACGUCUUUAACAAUGAGGAGAACGGGCGGGGACAGUGCCAAGAUGCGCCGGACCCCAUCGGCCACUGCGUCUACCAGUUCACUUGUAUGUGGUGCGCCGAGAGCAUGCUGUACCAUUGCAUGUCGGACUCAGAAGGGGAAUACUCGGACCCUUGUUCUUGCGACACCGGCCACCCGUACUUCUGCAUCCGCUGGCUGGCUCUGGCCACCCUCUCCUUGGUGGUCCCGUGCAUGUGCUGCUACCUACCCCUCCACGCCUGCUACUCCUGCGGUGAGCGCUGUGGUUGCUGCGGUGGCAAGCACAAAGCCGAAAAAGGUCCAGUCAGCAAAGCAGGUCGACAAAAAUAG